GGCAAUAACUGUUUAGGUAGCUAGCAAAGCAGCUACAUUUCCUCUUCUAAAGUCUUAUUUGCCUUCUCCUUCAACCAAAUCACUCGUCCCUCGUCGUCUCUCAUAAUUUGAUUUCAUUGGUUAGCUGUUGGUGGAGUUAGAGGGGGCAGCUAUGUUGAACUUCAAAUGCAGAUGUGGUGCUGUUUGUAAUGGUUUUGAACUAUGGUUAUGUGAGAUUUGAUGAGAGUAUUUGAAAUUCUUCGUCUCCCCUAAUGGCCUCAAAAUAUGGUUCCAAAAUUCCUCCUAAACAGCAACAGAAGAAGAACAAAUCUGAGCUGGCUAUGUCGGAGUGCCUUCUUCAAUCAGUCGAGACUACACCAAAACAAGUUGUGGCUGAUGCGUCCGAAAAUAAAAUGUCACCGAAUUUAUAUCAAAAUGGUUCUGUUGAAUCUUUAACCAAGAAGUUGGAGUCGUGCUCAUUUUUAUCCGAAAUCUCUGCUAAUCAAGAAAAGAAAACAUCAGAAUAUGGAAGUGUUAAAAACAGCUCAGUAUCUGCCAAAGUUAGCGAUGGGACUAGUAGUCUUGCCAAGAUUAGUGACCGUCUUGAGAGUGGCAAGAGCAGCAUUUGCAGAGGUAGCACAAGCAGUGAUGUGAGUGAUGAAAGCACAUGCUGCAGCUUUAGUAGUAGUAUCAGUAAGCCUCACAAAGCGAAUGACUUGAGGUGGGAAGCUAUCCAAGCUGUCAAGACAAGAGAUGGGAUUCUUGGUUUGAGCCAUUUUAGACUGCUAAGGAGGUUGGGUUGCGGGGACAUCGGGAGUGUCUAUCUGUCGGAUUUGAGUGGAACCAAGUGUUAUUUUGCAAUGAAGGUUAUGGACAAAGCAUCUUUAGCAAGUCGUAAAAAACUGCUUCGGGCUCAAACAGAAAGAGAGAUACUGCAAUCUCUUGAUCAUCCAUUCCUUCCGACACUUUACACACAUUUUGAGACGGAGAAGUUUUCCUGUUUGGUAAUGGAGUUUUGCCCUGGUGGAGACUUGCACGCCCUCAGGCAGAAGCAAGCCGGGAAAUAUUUCCCUGAGCAGGCAGUAAAAUUUUAUGUAGCAGAGGUCUUGCUAGCACUGGAAUAUCUUCAUAUGCUUGGGAUCAUCUAUCGCGACCUUAAGCCAGAAAAUGUUCUUGUGAGGGAAGAUGGUCAUAUAAUGCUCUCUGAUUUUGAUCUUUCCCUUCGUUGUGCUGUCAGCCCAACUCUUGUCAGGACAUCUUCUCUCGAAUCAGAGCCAUUAAGAAAGAACCCAGUUUACUGUGUUCAGCCUGCGUGCAUUGAACCUUCCUGCAUUCAGCCGUCUUGCGUUGCUUCGACAACUUGCUUUUCUCCCCGUCUCUUUUCUAUCAAGUCCAAGAAAGACCACAAGCAAAAAUACGAAAUUACAAACCAAAUUAGCCCAUUACCUGAGCUAAUAGCAGAGCCAACUGAUGCCCGCUCAAUGUCAUUUGUGGGGACUCAUGAGUACUUGGCUCCAGAGAUCAUCAAGGGUGAGGGACAUGGAAGUGCUGUAGACUGGUGGACUUUUGGAAUCUUCCUUUACGAACUUUUGUUUGGUAAAACCCCUUUUAAGGGAUCUGGCAAUCGGGCAACGUUAUUCAAUGUUGUGGGACAGCCUCUUCGGUUUCCUGAAUCACCCGUUGUGAGUUUUGCAGCAAGGGACCUCAUAAGAGGACUACUUAUAAAAGAACCACAACAUAGAUUGGCUUAUAAACGAGGGGCAACCGAGAUUAAACAACAUCCCUUCUUUGAAGGUGUGAAUUGGGCAUUGAUUCGUUGUGCUACCCCACCUGAGAUUCCAAAGCCAGUCGAGCUUGAACGAGUACCAGCUUCUCCGGCAUCAAGUGAAAAGGCUGCUGUCAAUGCAGCUGCUUAUAAUAAAAAAGGUUCAGACAAUUAUCUGGAGUUUGAUUUCUUUUAGCACUUGUUGCCAUUAAUUGCAAACCCAGUCUGUUUCUCUUUAGCGGGAAGAAUUAUUAUGAACACGAACACCCCAAUGGUUGCUGGUAAGAUGAGGAUGAAGUUUUCAUGUUGAUGGAUACAUUAUAUGGAAAAAGAUGUAUGUUCGUAGUUGCUUCCUGUUUUAACAAAUUUUAAUCUGCAUUUCGUAAUUAUUUCAUGGA